AUUGCACUCAGUCUCUAGCGCAGCGAAAGCUGAUGCAUUAGUUUCAGUCGAAUAAGGUUGACCAUCUCCUUGGCAGUGACUAGGGUACCUCAGCGUUCAGCGUCCAACGGCAGUUUCCUACUGCAUCGGCACGAAUAUAUUGGAACAGUUAUUGGCAUUACCCUUGGGUUGCACGAUCGACCUCAGUUCAGCACCUGAUUCGGGCAGUUCUCCUUCCGCGUCCUACCACAACCAAUCAUGCAAUGCAACCCAACAAAGAUAGUUUAUCAGACGAAACAUUGACCAAUGGCAGGCAAUGCCUUUGGGAAUGGACGUUUUUCAUUGGAAGAUAUCAAUGCUAUGCUUGUGAUGCAUGAGGCGUCCACUUGGAUAGCCGUCUACCACCGGUGGCCAAAGUAUGAUUAUCUUUUGCGUGCCUGCGCUCUUUCAACAGUUUCUUUGCUAUUCCUAUGACCCGGUCAAACGGUCUCAGUGCUGUCGUCAGCUUUCAACGGCACUGCUGUUGCGAUAUGAGCUUCGGGAGUUUGACGCAGACCUAAAACGAGCGGGUGCACUCAGUGUAGAAGCGGUCGAAAUUCUCCCGGAGCUGUACCCUGACCGCAAACCAUCGUUACGGGCCGUUGCUCUCUUCGUUCGCACCAGGUUUCGGUACUUCGGACUUAAAGAAGACCUCGAGAGAGCUCUGAACAUUGUCAAUGUCAUACUAGACGCAUGUCCUGAAGAGAACCCUAAUCGUACUGAAACCCUCGACAAUGCCGCUGAUACCCUAAUGAUCAAACCCAUAGACUCCGGAGCCAGUGAUGACUUGGACGCCUCCAUCCUGCUGCAGAGGUCUGCCCUUGGUCUCCGUCCUACAGGUCAUCCGACUCGUGAAGAGUCUUUGCGUGCGCUAUUCUCAAGUUUGUUUCGCCGAUUCCGACGAACAGCAGAGCGUGACGAUAUUGACGAAGCUUGCAACCUCAAACGAUUACUUCGUAUGCAUAAUGCCUCUGAUUCGCCAAGAAUAGCCCCCGCUUCGGGCACUUUCCGAUACUGGAUUCUUGCAGUUUCGCGAUCCGCAGGACAUACGGGAGUGCAGAAAAUUGAUGGAAGAAGCAUUACAAUGCCUACCACCCAGAAGUUCAUCGCGGCGCGAGCUGCUUAGGCUUCUCAUCAACAUAGAACAGGAUACUCUCUACCUAUAUAAGGAGAUGCCCAAUAGCCUGCCUCUCGUAGACGAUAACC